AUGGUCCAUCUGCGCCGCACCAAGUGUGUCCUACUCCUGCACCUGUUGCUUUGGAUAAGCCAUAUCAGUUCUGCAUCACCAGGGCAGUCAUAUUCGGGCCCCGAAAAGCCCGAUGCCAAGCCGUAUUAUUACGUACCCGCGUCUGAGCGAGCCAGUGUUCACCGAGUCGGGAUUCCUGAUCGCGUUGUCUGGCACAGCACACUGUCGAGGGCAUUAAGGGCUGCUUCAGCUCUGGGCAGUGAUGUGAAAUGGGACCCGGACAAUAUGCGAUUCGCGUACUCUGCCCUUUUCCUAGCUGAGACAGAGUCGGUUGUCGCUUCAGUGCCUAGGGAUCAAAUAGCUUGGGAAGCUUACUUGCCUGACGUGGACGGCCUCAACCCGACCCAGGCUGAACUACGAGCAAUGUCUCGUGAAGAUUUAAAAACAUACAGUAAGCGUGCUCAAUGGGAAAGAUUCGGAAUAGGGGACAAGAAAAGGGCGAAUGAAAUUUAUAAGGAAAGAAGGCUUCGACGCUGGAGGCUCUGCGGAAAGCGCAUCACCCAAACCCUCCAGCGAUUUCGGCACCAAUUCCGGAACUGGCGCCAGGGUAUGGUUGCCGCAAGCCGGAAUGCUAUUUGCGACCGGAACCCGGGCUGUUCACGAGCCGUGGGAAGGGUGUUGGACAUCAUUCCGGGUAACCAGAUUGCCGGGUACAUCAAUGAUGGAAGUGCCGGAAGGGACGUGUGCCGUGAACUGGACCGGCAGAACCGGCCGAACCAGGGCCUCGGCGACAUCAGCAUCGACGAAAUCCUCAGCGAGGGCCAUCAGGGCCAGCCGGGCUCCGAGCAACGCCUAUACGUCGACGAAUUCGACCUCUCGCUGCUCCCCGGCGGGGACGAGCAGGGCCAACAUGGCGAGCAGAACCAGCAGAACCAGCAGAACCAGGGCCAGCGCCAGCAGGACCAGCUGAGCCGGCAGGGCCACUCGGUCCACUCGGCCCAGCCGGGCCCCGAGGACCUCACAGAUCCAAGGCUCCCCGGCGAGGACGAGCCGGACAUGGAGGAGUGGUACAUGUUCGUCGACACCAUCUGUCGUGAGCAACACAUGGACGAGUGGCAACUCUCCCACCAUAUCAACCAAGGUGGCCGCGAUGCCCUACAGCAAACAGGUGACCCGGUAUAUGAGACCUUGCGACGCUUUCCCGGUGCCCUAAGCCUUCUGCAAAGCUGGUACGACAUUGAAGAGCCACCCCUCAGAUGCGAGCACGUAAAUCUCAUGGCCCGAGGGGCAGACCGAGGUCAAGGCACGGAUACCUCGGCGCCAGACCAGAACCUCGUUGACUUUUGCAAGCAUGUGCAGGCCGCUGCACGCGGAUCCAAAAACUGCGCCAAGGCAGACGAUAAAGACGGCAAGGCGGACAGGGGGGACAAGGACAAGGACAAGGACCACCAGGGCUCGCCUUCCGUCUCGCCGCCCAACCAGCUGGCUGCGCACGACUCCAGACAUGACAAGCUGACGGCAGAGAUCCUCGGCGCCAUCGGCUUGGGCGCCAUUGCCUCCUUGGCCACCUUCGUCGCAACGCCGGCCGGCGAGGCGCUGUUCGCCUCCCUCGCUGCCUCCCUCGGCAUCGGCGCCGAAAUAGAGUCCCCCGCGGCCGCGACGUCUCAGGCGCUAUCCCAUACCAUCGGGUAUCUUACCCACGUGUCCCGCCUAGCCGUCCAGAGGGCUGUUGCGCCCUUCACGCGUCUGAACCGUCAAGUGGCGCACCCGCUCUUGAGACGAAUCGUCAGCCGUGCCGUGCGGGCCGCAACAGAACGAGCGGCCGAGCAUAUCCCGUUGCUGUCAACCAUCUAG